GGCAACCGCAGGGCCGCGUCUUCCCGAGGGAGCUCCUGUCAGCCCGCUGAUCCCACCGCCGGCUCCCUACUGCCCCGCGGUUUUUGCGUGGGCUCGGAGACUGAGGGACAACAAAAAUGGCGGAGCGGAGCCAGACGGCGCCUGAGGCAGGCAAUGAUAUGGGAAACGAUGAUGCCAUCGGAGGGAAUGUGAGCAAAUAUACAGUACUUCCAACCGGAUACUGUGGACAGCCCAAGAAAGGACAUCUUAUCUUUGAUGCUUGCUUUGAAAGUGGUAAUCUUGGCCGGGUGGACCAGGUCUCUGAAUUUGAGUAUGAUCUAUUCAUUAGGCCGGAUACCUGUAAUCCACGAUUCCGAGUUUGGUUCAACUUUACUGUUGAAAAUGUGAAAGAAUCACAGGUGAGGGAAAUAGUGGAUGUCUUCAGAGUGGUUUUGAGGGUCAUUUUCAACAUUGUUAACUUCAGUAAAACCAAGAGUCUUUAUAGAGAUGGGAUGGCCCCUAUGGUGAAAUCUACAAGCAGGCCAAAAUGGCAAAGGCUGCCACCUAAAAAUGUUUACUACUACCGUUGCCCAGACCAUAGGAAGAAUUACGUGAUGUCCUUUGCCUUUUGUUUUGAUCGAGAAGAAGAUAUUUACCAGUUUGCUUACUGCUACCCGUAUACAUACACGCGCUUCCAGCAUUACCUUGACAGCCUGCAAAAGAGAAACCUGGAUUACUUCUUUCGGGAGCAGCUGGGCCAGAGCGUGCAACAGCGGCAGCUUGACCUCCUGACAAUAACCAGCCCCGACAAUCUCCGGGAAGGGGCAGAGCAGAAGGUGGUAUUCAUCACAGGACGAGUCCACCCAGGGGAAACGCCCUCUUCGUUUGUGUGCCAAGGGAUCAUUGACUUCCUCAUAAGCCAGCAUCCCAUUGCCCGUGUCCUACGGGAACACCUGGUCUUCAAGAUUGCACCAAUGCUCAACCCUGAUGGCGUCUACCUGGGCAAUUACAGGUGUUCUCUGAUGGGGUUUGACCUGAAUCGUCACUGGCUGGAUCCCUCUCCAUGGGCCCACCCCACCCUGCAUGGGGUGAAACAGCUCAUCAUCCAGAUGUACAAUGACCCAAAAACUAGCCUGGAGUUCUAUAUUGACAUCCACGCCCACUCCACCAUGAUGAAUGGCUUCAUGUACGGCAACAUCUUUGAGGAUGAGGAACGGUUCCAGAGGCAGGCCAUCUUCCCCAAGCUCCUCUGCCACAACGCAGAGGACUUCUCCUACUCCAGCACAUCCUUUAACCGGGAUGCCGUGAAAGCGGGAACUGGCCGUCGCUUCCUCGGCGGGCUCUUGGACCACACUUCCUAUUGCUACACGCUGGAGGUCUCCUUCUACAGCUACAUCAUCGGCGGCACCACGGCUGCCGUGCCCUACACUGAAGAAGCCUAUAUGAAGCUGGGGCGGAACGUGGCAAGAACGUUUUUGGAUUAUUAUCGGCUGAACACCUUGGUUGAGAAGGUGGCGAUUCCCAUGCCGAGGCUGCGGAAAGAAAAACCCCCUUCCUACAAGCACCCACUCCUGCGGGGCCCGGCCAGCAACUACCCCAACGGCAAAGGGGACAAGAGAAGAUCAGUGAACCACAAAGAUCCUUCAAACCCUUUUUAGAGACAUGGAGUCCCGGAGAGCUUGUGGGGGCAGGCGCAUGCAUUUUCUGCUGGGGCAUGAAAUUUAUCACCCUUCUCUAAGUUCCAAGACAAGGGUUUAUGGGAUAAUGAAUAGGCUAGUGAGAGGAAAGAAAAAAAAUGAGAAAUUUCAUUAUUGAUUUUCCCUUUUACCAAUGGAAAAUCAAUUGUGAGCCUUCAGCUCAAGGCUCAGGAACAAAACAGGAGGCUGGAACCAGGAGAGCACAGAUGCUGUUUUCCACAACACAGAAAUCCUCUAGGAUGAGGAAAACCUACACACAUCUCUUUUAAGAGGUUUGACACAACUCAGGUCAAAGCCCCUUUACCUUUUAAGUUAUAUAGUUACUGCAGUAAAAUAGGCUGUGGUCAUUUACAGCUUUAGAAAUGCAAUGUCCCUAUUUUCUGAU